AGAGAGAGAGAGAGAGAGUGGAGGAGGCGGAGGAGGAAGAAAGAUGAUGAUGGAACAGGAAAGCCACUUCCUUACUAAACCUUUUUCUAUCGCGCCCCCUGGAGGUGGGUGGCAGGGUUGGCGUGUUCUACGACCUUUACAGACAAGGGGGUUCCCGUUGGAGCCUUUUAGCAGAUCUCCCCACCCUACCCACCAGCUGCAAUUAGCAGGGUUUGCAUUGCAAAAGGUUGCAAGGAGAGGUGAGCGUGGAGGGAAAGGAAGGGGUUUUAAAGGGGAGCCUAGUAAGUUCCAGAGAAUGGACCGCAGCAGCCCAGGAGCUGGUUGCACAAGACGGGAGAGAGACUGAAGAAGAGGAAGAAAAAAGAUCCGUUGUGUGUUCAGAUACUCUGGUUGACUCGAUUAUCUGGCAUUUCACCCUGGCAGGUGAUGGACGAGUGCGUGAGAAUAAGACAAAGAAGCUUCGGGAGCAUGUGGAUCCGGGAAAGAUAUGAGUGAUGCUGUUCCUAGAGGAUUGUUUGGAUGGGAAAAAAGUGAAAGAUCAUGAUUAUGGUGCCGUAAAGCCAUGUGCUGAUGUCAAAGGCAGCUUCCAACAGCGCUGAAAUCAUAAACACCAAAUAAUGCAUACAGGAGAGGAUAAAUAUAAGUGCUCGGAAUGUGGGAAAACCUUCAGCCGGAGCACCAACCUUCUAGUACAUGAAAGAACCCACACUGGAGAGAAACCAUAUGAGUGCUCCAACUGUGGGAGAAGCUUCACCCAUAGUUCAAAUCUUAGGGCACAUGAGAAAAUCCACACAGGAGAAAAGCCGUAUGCAUGCACAAGCUGUGGCCAGACCUUCUAUCACAGCUCGAGCCUUACAGCGCAUGAGAGAAUCCACACAGGGGAGAAUGUACACAGGUGCCCACACUGUGAGAAGGUCUUCACUCGUAGCUCAGUUUUUAGGAAACACAUGAGAAUCCAUACAGGUGAGAAACCAUUCAAGUGCUCUGACUGUGGGAAAAGUUUCUCUCAGAGGUGCAAUCUUACUAUCCACGAGAAGACCCACACAGGAGAGAGACCCUUUAAGUGCUCCGAUUGUGGGAGAAAUUUCAGUCGAAAAUGUGACCUCAUCGCACAUGAGAGAAUCCACACAGAGGAGGACCCAUACAAGUGCUCACACUGCGGGAAAAGCUUCUCUCAGAAGUCCAACCUUGUUAUACAUGAAAGGACCCAUACAGAGGAGAAUCCGUAUCCGUGUCUGCACUGUGGGAAACGCUUCCGUCAGAAGGGGAACCUCAUGACGCACAUGCGGAUCCACACAGGAGAGAAGCCGUACCAGUGUUUGGAUUGCGGGAGGAGAUUCAGUCAGAAGGGCAGCCUCACAUCACACGAGAAAACACAUUCAAGAGAGAAAAGGACUGUCUAAAAGCUUAACUUGCAAGUGUGGACUUGAUAUUUUUCAGCCUAAGGUGGAAGUACCUGAUUUUCCCAAGUACAGUGGUACCUUGGUUUACAACCAUAAUCCGUUCCGGAGGUCUGGUUGUAAACCAAAACAGGUUGUAACCCAAGGCUCACUUUCGCCAAUGGGGCCUCCCCCCCCCCCAAAAAUGGUUGUAAUAAUAAUAAUAAUAAUAAUAAUAAUAAUAAUUGUAAUUGUAAUUUUAAAAAAGGGACACGGACUUCCGAGUUUGACGUGGUUGUAAUCCAAAACGGUUGUAAUCCAAGACGGUUGCAAAUCAAGGUACCACUGUAUAGUUUUUGUAAUGGAAAAGCCCUGGUAGUUCCUCAAAACCUUACGGAGAGGCUUCCCUGAAAGAUGGAUUGCCCACUGCUAUUGAGUGUCUUCCUCAACACAUAGCUAUCAAUCUGCCAGGCUCGUAUUAUGUUCUUAUGCACCACAAACCCUGGCCCUCGAAAGAUGAAACCCUAGUUACUGUGGCUGAAGAAAUACAGAACUGUGAAACCAGCUAGGAACAGUUAGAAGUAGUAACAUUACUCAGCAGCACUCAAGCUUUAAUACCGUACAUCUGUCAUUAGUUUUAAAAAGAAAAGGCAUUUUUUUGCAGGGGGGGGGAUUACUGAAAAUACUCUGUGUUUGCAGCUCUUGGGGGGGGGGUUCUUAAAAUGACAUGUUCUAUGUGUCUAUUUAGCCCUGGUGUUGGAAUGUGCUCUGCAGAGGGGCUCAAAUGGUAGGAAAUGGUUUAAGAGAAGGGCAGCUUCAUAACCACCUCUUCCUGGUAGUUCAUUUAACACAGUCCCACCCCCUCGGUUUUAUAAUGUUACGAAGUGGAUCAGCUGUCCCUUUUUCAUAGUUAUCCCCUAUCUGCACUUGGGAAUUGGCAACAUUUGCCUGCCUACAGCUGUGUUGUAAAGGAUUGUUGGGAACAUUUACAUGAAACACUGUGAACACUAAAAAGAUAAUUCCACUACUACAAGUUAGAUUUGUAAUGAAACGCAGCAGUCUGUAGGGUGCUCAUGGCCUCUACUAGAACCAGGGCCUUCUCAACACUGGCCCCGACCUGGUGGAACGCUCUGUCUCCUGAGGCCAGGGCCGUGGGACCUGAUUUCUUUCCGCAGGGCCUGUAAGACAGAGUUGUUCUGCCUGGCAUUUGACCUGGAGCCAACCUGAUUCCCUUCCCCGUUUUCCCUUUCUUUUUCCCUUUUGUAUGAGGCUGCAUUUUUAAUUUAAUUUUGAUGUAUUUAGUCUUGUUGUUGAGUUGUAUUUUAACAAGUUUUAUAUUUGGUGUUAGCCGCUCUGAGCCCGGCUUUGGCUGGGGAGGGCGGGGUCUAAAUACAAUUAUUAUUAUCAUUAUUAUUAUUAUCAUUAUUAUUAUCUUGCUGUCUUCCAGGAUACUUAUCACUUCUCUCUCUCUCUCUCUCUCUCUCUCACUCACACACACACACACAGAGAGAAUUUUCCUGUCUCAUUAGAGAAUCAGCUUUUCAAGGCCACUGGAAAUGUGUGGUCCUUGGGCUGUUUUUAGGAAAGCAUCAGGCUUGUUUACACAUUUUUGUCUUCUUGAAGAAGCCAUGGUCUGAUCUGAAAAUACAAAUAUUUAGUUUACAAAACUAUAAAAAUAAAGAAAAAUUAAGUUUGCAAAACAAUACUGUAAUUACCAUGUGGUUAGGGUAGAUCAACAUGUCAGUGUCCACUUAUCCCCAGUGUAAAUAUGACAUAUCGGCAAAAGUCAGAAAUUGAAAGAUAACUAUAGCAUGUACACGAAAAUUGAUUUCAGAUUUGAAAUCAGAUUGAAAGAACAUAUAAGAACAAUCUCUGGGUUAUUUGUGGGGCCUGCCUGGUGUUUUUACACGAGUAGAAUGUGUCCUUUUAUUUAAAAUGCAUCUCUGGGUUAUUUGUGGGGCAUAGGAAUUAAUUCCUUUUUCUUUUUCAAAAUAUAGUCUGGCCCACCACAUGGUCUGAGGGACGGUGGACCGGCCCACGGCUGAAAAAGGUUGCUGACCCAUGCUUUAUAAGGUUUACUUCUAAGACCACAAAAACUCUAUUAUAGUUGGUUGAGCUAAUAGUGUACCAGCAUCUAUUAAAGUUUAUGUAGCUAGUGUGUUUAUGUUUGUCUUGUGCCAUGAGGCAAUCAACUUUGAACUGAACUGAGUGGGAAAGGAGCUCUGGAAAAGGCUACUGGAAAGCAGGAAAACUCUGAUGUUCUGCUGGAAGACUGCAGAUCACACUGAAGU